AUGUCACAAUUAAAUAGAGUCGGUUUAGAAUUAAAUGGCAAAAAUAAUUUUGAAACAUGUUUAGAUUGUGGUAAGGAACAAAGCAACUUCGGAUGGUGUCAAGAAUGCGAAAUAAAUGCCUUUAAAGCAAAUUUUAAAUAUUGGACAAGCGGCAAUCUUGAAAUAGAUAAUUUUAUUAGACAUACUCAAUUAAACGCAUCUGGAAGUGUAGAUUACUUGGAAUAUCUUGAUUUUGAGCAAUUUGAUCUUGUAGAAAAUACGAAUAAAAGAGGAGCCUUUAGUGAAAUAUAUUCGGCAAUUUGGUUAGAAGGUCCUCGAUGUAUUUGGGAUGAAGGCUCAGAACAAUGGACACGUAGCGGACCAAUUAAAAUCGCGCUUAAAAGACUUAACAAUUCACAAAAUAUGUGUAAAGAAUAUCUGAAUCAACUUUAUAAAUACCACAAAUGUUUACAAAGUGGAGACUUGCAUACAUAUCUUGAUGAAGCACAAGGAUCGCUUUCUUGGAGAGAAAUUGUUGAAAUGCUUUGGGAAAUAUCUGGAGGAAUUGAUUGGAUAACUGCUAUAUGCGAUGAACCAGUCCAAUCCGAAUUAUCUGAUCAAUUUGAUAUUGCUGAAGAGAAAAAAUUUUCAGAUUUAGAAAAAUUCAA